AUGGCCGACGAGAAGAAGCACGACAUGGUCUCGUCCAUAUCACCAGAACAAACCGACAUCGACACCGGCACCAUAGAGCCCUUGAAACAAGACGCCACCCAUCACGAGGACGAAGUCUUCGGCGCAGCAGACGGCUCCAACAAAGUCAACUUCCGCACCGUCGGCUGGCUGCGCGCCAGCAUGUUCCUCAUGAAGCAGACAUUCGCCACGGGUGUCCUCUCCAUGCCCUCGGCCAUGUACUUCCUCGGCGGCGUGGCCUCGCCCAUCUUCAUCAUCUUCUGGGGCGUGGUGAACACCUACUCGGCGUACAUCCAGGGGCACUACAAGCUGGCGCAUCCGAAGAUGCACACGAUUAUCGACGGCGCGGAGAUUUCCGUUUUGCAUCUUAGCGGGAGUAAUUUCUGGGCGAAGGUGGCGAAGAUUGUGUCCGAGGUGUUGUAUUUGUUUGCUUGGUUGCUUUGUGUUGGGUUGGCGGUUCUUGCGAUCGGGACGGCGUUGAAUGCCAUCACUAGUCAUGGCACGUGCACUGUGGCUUUCAAUGUGAUUGCGUUCAUCAUAUCGACGGCGGCAGGGAGUAUUCGAAAGAUCCACGGACUCGGGAUCAUCCUCUGGGUUGGGUUCGUCUCUGCCCUCGCAUCGGUCCUCAUGGUCGUCAUCGCCGUGGCCAUUCGAUCGCGACCUGCCUACGCUCCCAAGACCGGGCCCUAUGAUCUAGGCUUCCAAGCAGCUGCCCCUGCUGGGACGACAUUUGCGCAGGCAUGGGCCGCUAGUAUCGCCAUCUACGCCUCGUCAGCCAACACAGCGGGCUACGUCCCAGUAAUGAGCGAGAUGCGACGACCGCAAGAUUUCUUCCGAGCUCUUUACGUCUCCAGCGCCUUCGUCAACGCAGCAUACCUCUCCCUGGCCAUGGUGAUGUACGCAUACGCCGGAGAAUGGGUGACGAGCCCAUCGCUCGGCUCUGCAGGGCCUACCAUCAAAUUGGCUGCCUACGCCGUGGCGCUGCCCGGCCUCAUCGCCGUCGGCAUGAUCUGCAUCCAUGUCCCAGCCAAGACCCUCUUCGUCCGCGCCCUACGAGGUAGUCACCACCUCACUGAGAACACCAAAACCCACUGGGUGGUAUGGAUAGCCUGCACCCUGAGCUGCGGUUUCAUCGGCUGGCUCCUAGCCGUCGCCAUCCCCUUCUACACCAGCCUCGUCAGCCUGAUCGGGUCGCUGGGCUUCGGACCCUUGGGCGUGGUUCUGCCGCCGGUCUUGUGGUUCUCGCUCCACGUUGAGUACUGGAAGGGUUCUGUGAAGCAGCGGGCGCUGGUGUGGUUGCAUGUGGGCAUGUUUCUGAUGGGCUUGUUCCUUUCCAUCGGAGGCACGUAUGCGAAUAUUUCGAAUAUUGUGGAUCAGUUCAAGGCGGGGAAGGUCGGGACGGCGUUUUCGUGCGCGGAUAACAGUGCGACUGUUGUUGGUGGUUGA